UUAAAAAAUUAUAGAGGUCGUCCCCUCAAAUAUACACACAACCCACUAUUUAAAACCAUACUUUGUAUCGGUGGUCUUUCAUCCUCUCGGUUAACGUCGUCAGUCAAGUAGCGUAUCCACAGAUCAGUUUAAACAAAUGACAGGAGCCAAGAUUGUUGGUGCUUUAGCCGGAUCAUUUGCACUAGCCUUCGCCUGCGAUUAUGUUAUUGCAGACAAGAAGAUUUUUGGAGGCACAACCCCCUCUACAGUUUCCAACAAGGAGUGGUGGGAAGAGACUGACAAGAAGUUUCAGGCGUGGCCUCGCACCGCUGGUCCUCCAGUUGUCAUGAAUCCCAUCAGUCGCCAGAAUUUCAUUGUCAAGUCCAAAGCUGAAUCCUAGACAAACACUGUAAGUCUGCAACCCUGUUUCUAAUAAUCCAACUUUAAGCCUCAGGUGAAGGUUGUCGUUUUGUUUAUGUUUCCGUAACUUUCAUGGAUGACUGUUUUGUAGACUCGACCUUAUGCUGCUGGUUUGUUAUUUUGCUCUUGUUUCUAUCGAACAUUUCGUCUUCUGUUGCGUGUUUAAUUUUUGAAAAUGUUGGGUUUUGAUGUGGAAAA